AUGGCCAAGGAUUGCAGCCUCACCAAGCUCAAGCAGUCACUGUCUUACGCAGUGGAAAAGUGGUGGACAAUAAAGUGGAAGUUCCUGUGGAAGAACCCCCCAAGGAAGCCCGCAUGGAGGAGCAAGAAAAGGAGCCACUUAUACAAAUCCAACAAGGUGAAUGUGAACUUACCUUUGCUGGAUGUGAUCAGGAACGUCCCAGCAUACUUGAAGUUCUUCAAGGAGUUGGCUUCUAAGAAGAGGAGGUUCAAGGACAACGAGAAGAUUUUGGUGUCCGAGGUUGCAAACUCCAUAAUGCAACAGCCCUUACCGACCAAGCAACGAGACCCAGGUAGUUUUGUGAUUAAUAUUGCCUUGGGAAAUGGUAAGGAGGCCUCGGGGAUGUUAGAUUUGGGGGCUGGAAUCAAUUUAAUGCCUUACUCUAUUUUCAAACAACUAGAGUUAGGAAAUUUGAAACCCACUCGCAUGUGUUUGCAAUUAGCCGAUAGGUCUGUGAGGUAUCCUCAUGGGGUAGUUAAGGAUAUCCUUGUUAGAGUGGGUGGUUUGAUUGUGCCCGUUGAUUUUGUUGUUUUGGAAAUUGGAGAGGUACAUGAAAAUGGUAAAGAAUAUCUACUGCUAGGAAGACCAUUCAUGGCAACUACUAACACGUUGAUAGAUAUUAAAAAUGGCACCAUUAAAAUGACCGUGUUAGGAGAGUCAGUAUCUUUUUCUGUGCAUCAUAACCGAGCCAUGCCAUCAUCUUCACUCACUAAUGAAUGUUCUUACAUUGAUGCUAUUGAUGGCUUGGCCGAGAUGUUCUUUGUAAAGGAGCAAGAAGUUGUUGAGGUUUUUGCAGGGUCCGCGGACAUGGAGGAGUUUGCCCGUGAGGCCGAAGAAAGAGAGCGGGCCCGCAAGGCUAAGCUCCCCAUCGAUGAGGCCAUGGUGAUUGACUAUGCCACGAAGAGUCAGCCGAAGUUGGAACUCAAGGAGCUCCCCAAGAACCCGAAGUACGUAUACUUGGAAGGAGAGCAGGAAAAGCCAGUGAUCAUAUCUGCCGAGCUCACGCACGAGCAAGAGCUGGCGUUGAUGGAGGUAUUGCGGAAAAACAAGGCAGCUUUUGGAUGGGGUCUUGCCGACAUUAAAGGCAUUAGCCCCGCCACUUGCAUGCAUAGGAUCCACCUUGAGGAAGGAGCAAGGCCCAAGAGAGAUGGACAACGGAGAUUGAAUCCCGUCCUCAUGGAGGUGGUACGCAAAGAAAUUCUCAAACUAUUGGCAGAGGGGAUCAUCUACCCCAUCGCCGAUAGUUACUACCAAAUAGCUAUUGCACCAGAGGACCAAGACAAGACGGCAUUCACCACUCCUUUUGGCACCUUCGCUUGCAAGAGGAUGCCGUUCGGAUUUGAUUGCUUGUCGAAAAUUGAUGUGGUGUUGCAAAGGUGCAUAACUAGUGGAUUGACCUUAAGUUGGGAGAAGAGUCACUUCAUGGUGACCAGUGGCAUUGUACUUGGCCAUGUCGUGUCUAAAAAUGGUAUAGAGGUCGAUAAGACCAAGGUAGAGGUCAUUCAAAAAUUGCCUCCACCUAUUGAUGUGAAAGGGAUUAGAAGCUUCCUAGGUCAUGCUGGGUUUUACCGGCGUUUCAUUAAGAAUUUUUCUAAGAUUAGCCAACCUUUAUGCCGUUUACUUGCCCAAGAUGUGCCUUUUGAAUUCAAUGAUUCUUGCAUGCAUGCUUUUGAGUUGUUAAAGCUUAAGUUGAGCACGGCUCCAAUUGUGGUUGCACCCGAUUGCUCAAUGCCGUUUGAAAUCAUGUGUGAUGCAUCUAAUUCCGCUGUGGGUGCGGUGCUUGGCCAACGUGUUGACAAAAUGUUGCGUGUGAUUUACUAUGCUAGUUUGACAUUGAAUAAUGCACAAGUAAAUUACACUACUACAGAAAAAGAGUUGCUCGCUGUGGUGUUUGCUUUAGAUAAAUUUUGUUUCUAUAUCAUCGGGUCUAAAGUAAUUGUACAUAGUGAUCAUGCCGCUCUUAGGUAUUUGUUGACCAAGUCUCAAGCCAAACCACGUCUUAUUCGUUGGAUUUUGUUGUUGCAAGAAUUUGAUGUUGAGAUCAAGGAUAGGAAUGGGAGUGAAAACUCUGUGGCCGACCACUUUUCUAGACUUGAACAUAAUGAGGUUGAGUCAAAUGAUGUUGCCAUUCAUGAGUCUUUCCCAAUUGAGCAUGCAUACGCAUUGACCUCGGUCCCUUGGUUUGCAGACAUUGUCAAUUAUCUUGCUUGUGGAGAACUCCGACCUAACCUCACUUCCCAAGAGAGGAAGCGUUUUCUGUCUCUCUGCAUGCAAUACUAUUGGGAGGAUCCCUACUUGUUUAAGUUGGGAAAGGACGAAGUGACACGAAGGUGUGUGCCCAAUGAGGAGCAACAAUGCGUCUUACAGUGGUGUCAUGACGCUCAUUGCGGAGGCCAUUUUGGCGGUCAAAAGACGGCCCAUAAGUGGGUUGAGGCAAUCCCCACGAGGACUUGUGAUGCUAAUGUUGUCCUCAAGUUUGUGCAGGAGAACAUUUUGUGCCGUUUUGGGUUCCCCCGUGCUAUCAUUAGUGAUGGGGGAAAACACUUCUGCAACAAAUUAUUGGAAAAGCUCAUGCGAAAAAAUGGCAUCACCCAUAAGGUUGCAACUCCGUAUCAUCCGCAGACCUCGGGGCAAGCCGAAACCAGCAACCGGCAAAUAAAGGGGAUACUUGAAAAGACCGUGCAACCAUCUCGCAAGGAUUGGUCGAUCAAGCUCUCUGAUGCCCUAUAG